GUUGUCAUUGUUGCAGCGAACUUAGCUUCAGUCUCCAUUGGCACCCACUACAGUUGGACCUCCCCCACACUGCCCAAAUUGGAAGCUAGUGACUCGUUUCUUCACCUAAGUGUCGCUGAAGCCUCGUGGGUAGGCUCACUGACUGCUUUUGGCACACUGUUUGGUCCUUUCCUCGGAGGAUGGGCGAUGGACAAAUUGGGGCGGAGGUGGACCUUGCUACUGGCAAUUGUGAUUAAUCUGCUCGGCUGGUCCGUCCUCCUCCUAGCGACCUCAGCCUGGCACAUUUACGUGGGUCGUUUCUUAGGUGGCUUCGCGGGAGGCUUCGUCUUUGUCGGACUUCCAGUCUACGUGGCCGAAAUAUCCGAGCCUCAAGUGAGAGGGCCAGUGGGAGCGUUGUUCGCUUGUCUGCUAGUGGGAGGAUAUCUCAUAGAAUAUGUUUUCGGCCCAUAUGUCUCAUACGCGGUUCUCAUCUGGAUAAAUUUAAUACCACCAGUUUUAUUCUUACUAUUGUUUAGCUUUAUCCCUGAAUCUCCAUAUUACUUUAUCCGUAACAACGAUAUGUCCAGCGCCCUGAGGAGUCUCGCCUGGCUUAGAACAGACCGCUCGCCACAAGAGGUGCAGAACGAGCUCACUGGGAUACAGGAGGAAGUCACGAAAUCGAUGGCAGAGAAAGCAAGACUGUCAGAUCUGGUGAGAAUUAGAGGUAACCUCAAAGGGCUGAUCAUCUCUGUAUGUCUACUGGUCGGACAGCAACUCAGCGGCAUUAACGCUAUCCUCUUCUACGCGGAGAGUAUCUUCAUAAUGUCCGGCACUUCCUUCUCAUCUAGCGUUUCUUCCAUCAUCAUCGGUCUUGUGCUCUUCGUAGUCCAAGGACUGGCAGUUCCACUCACCAAGCCGUUUGGCUCUAAGAAUUUACUGAUUGUCUCGGCUGCAGGGAUGACCGUAUUCCAGAUUUCGUUAGGUAUGUUCUUUUAUUUGAUCAACAAGGGCUAUGACAUGUCUUCCUAUCCGUGGUGGCCGCUUGUCAGUUUAGUAGGCUUCAUCAUACUGUUUUCAAUAGGUUUCGGGAUCUUGCCAUACACCGUGAUGGGUGAAAUGUUCCCGCCGAAUGUGAAGGGUAUUGGAUCCGCCAUUUCGGCCGGAAGUAGCUGGUUUAUGGCUUUCCUGCUCACUCUGUUCUUCAACGACAUCUCUGCCAGCCUCGGUCCCCACUUUACUUUCUUCCUCUUGUCGAUCUUCUGCUUUAUGGACUUCCUUUUUGCCGUUUUCGUCCUGCCGGAUACAAGAGGCCUGACUCUUCAGGAGAUCUUGGACUUGCUCAACCGUCAGCAUGGUGCUAAACCCAAAAUUCAAUCUGAUAAUGAGGUUGUCCAGUUGUUCCUAUCUGAGAGAAUCUCUCCCAGGACCGACUGCUAACCAGUCUAAAACUGGCUACACCCACUUCUGUGAACAGCCGAUACUUCCUGUUGUUGCCUGCUGCCUACUGAGCAUUACUUAUUCUACAAUAUUCCUUGUACUAAUGUACAAUGUACUAAUAAAACAGUUUAUUAUUUA